AAUGUGUGUUUGUUUUUAAUUUCAGAAGGUCAGCACGUGUCGAGGAAGGAAGACGAUGUUUCUUGGAGUCUUAAUGUACGCCAGCAGGAAACGAUGCCUUUCUACAUCAAAGAAGAGGAGGAGGAACUCUGGAUCAGUCAGGAAGGAGAUGAUCUGCCCGGAGAAGAUGGAACUGAAUGCUCCAAAUUCCCAAUCAAUGUUGUAGUUAAGAGUGAAGAUGAAGAGGAGCCUGAGCCUCCACAGCUUAAGCACAGUCAAACUAGCACUAGAGAAGCAGAACUUCCAACCAGCAGUUCGUUUAAAUGGAUAAAAACAGAAACCGAUGGAGAGGACUGGGGGCGACUGGAACUUCUCUGUGAGUCGGAUCCAAGUCAUUUCCAAAUGGGUAAACAUGGAAGGGAUGCGGACUCUUCUGAAGCCGGCGAAGAUUAUGGCAAUUAUGGCUGUAAGAAUUGGCCGGGAACUUUUGCAGUUACUGAUAAUCUAUUGAAGGGAAGCCAGCUAGCCGAGUCGGCCAUAAACGGUGGUGCAGGAAGUAACGCUGCCAAAAGGGUCUACAGCUGCUCUGAGUGUGGAAAACAGUUUCUAGAUGAACCGUCUCUGAAGAGACACAUGAGACGCAACACUGAAAAAAGUUCCUCCAACUGUUCAGUUAUUCAGAAGUGCUCUGAAGUGAAGAAGAAUACAAAUUCACAGACCAAAGUCCACACCGGCAAGAAAAACUUCAGCUGCGAAAUAUGUGGCAAAACCUUCAGAGAUCAUUUCAGCCUCACGUCUCAUAUCAGAGUUCACACAGGAGAGCAACCCUUUGGUUGUGAAGUAUGCGGUAAAAGGUUUAAGCACCAGCAUGACGUGAAGAAACACAUGAGAGUCCACACAGGAGAGAUGCCGUUUUGCUGUGAGGUUUGCGGUAAAAGAUUCAAGCAUCAGCACAAUCUGAAGACGCACAUGAGAAUCCACACGGGGGAGAAACCUUAUGUGUGUGAUAUUUGUGGGAAAAGAUCAAGGUUUCAGCAUAACCUGAAGACGCAUAUGAUAAUCCACACAGGAGAGCGGCUGUUUGACUGUGAUCUGUGUGGUAAAAAGUUCACUUGUAAGAAAAGUCUGAAGGCACAUGAAUCCGUACACACCGGAGAAAAACCGCACAGCUGCGAGAUCUGUGGCAAAAGCUACAAACGAAAAACACACCUCCGUACUCAUAUGACUUCCCACACGGAGGAAAGGCCUUUCGGCUGCGAGGUUUGCGGUAAACGAUUUAACCGUAAAACAUACCUGGAGACGCACAUGACGGUGCACACUGGGGAGAAGCCUUACAGCUGUGACUUCUGUGGUAAAAGGUUUACCAGGAAAACCCAUCUGGAUUCACACAUUAUAGUGCACACAGGAGAGAAACCAUUCGGCUGCGCAGUCUGUGGCCAGGAAUUCACCCAGCAAGGAAGUUUAGACCGGCAUAUGACAUUACACUUAGGAAAAAAUCAAGACAGCAUGAAGGAAGUGGAUUAUGUUAAUAAAAACAGCAGUGAAAGUCUGCCUUUAGAGGACAACGUGCGGAUGAAACAGCUCGGAGGUCGUGAUUCGCAGGAUGUUGGUAGAAAUCAGUCCGCAGAUGUUUCCCCUCCUUCAGUGAAUAAAGAAGAGCUUCCCUGGAGCCCCAGUUUGGAUGAGCAGGAGUCCGAGUCCUCCUUCCUAAAGGAAGAAGUUGAUCAAAGUUGGACAAGUCAGGAAGAAGCGCAGACGGAUAGAGAAGAUGAGACUGAAUACAUCAACUUCCCGCUCAAUGUUAUUGUGAAGAGUGAGUAUGAUGAUGAAGAGGAGCCCGAAUCCUCACAGCUUCAUCCCAGUAAAACUGAUGAUUCCACAGAGACAGAGCGUCCGACCACCAGCACCGUUAAAUGGAUCAAAACAGAAACUGAUGGGGACUGCGCACAGCUGGAACUAGUCUGGAAGCCCGGUCCGAAACAUUUCAAAAAGCGUUCAGACAGAAAGGCUGCGGACUCCUCUGAGACAGAUAUUAGUGAAGACGAUGGUUACGAUUAUUGGCAGCAACCUUUGACUGAGAAGGAAAGUGGAUGGAAAGCAAGCGGUUCAGUUAAUCCCAAUUGUUCUGAAGCCAUGGCGCCUCCAGGUCCAAAGGCCAAAGGUCACGUAGGAAAGAGAAACUUCAGCUGCGAUGAAUGUGGUAAAAAAUUCCGAGAUCAGUUUAGUCUGAAAUCCCACAUCAGAGUGCACACAGGAGAGCAGCCAUUUGUCUGUGACGUUUGUGGGAAAAGAUUUAAGCACCAGCAUGACGUGAAGAAACACAUGAAGGUCCAUUCAGAGGAGCAGCCGUUCGUCUGUGAAGUUUGUGGUAAAAGAUUCAAGCAUCAGCACAAUCUGAAGACGCACAUGAGAAUCCACACAGGGGAGAAACCUUAUAUCUGUAACAUCUGUGGAAAAGCAGCACGGCACCAGAACAACCUGAGAACACACAUGAUCGUCCACGGAGGAGAACAGCCAUUCAGCUGCGAUAUCUGUGGUAAAAAGUUCAACCGGCAGACCAACCUGAAGGCGCACAAGGCCGUUCACACCGGAGAGAAACCGCACAGCUGUGAGAUCUGCGGGAAAAGCUACAAACGUAGAACGCACCUUAGGGGUCACAUGACCACCCACAGCGAGGAAAGGCCUUUUGGCUGCGAAGUCUGCGGGAAAAGGUUCAACCGUAAAACGUAUCUCCACACGCACAUGGUGGUCCACACCGGCGAGAAGCCUUACAGCUGCGACUUCUGCGGUAAAAACUUCUCCAGGAAAACUCACCUGGAUUCACACAUCGCUGUUCAUAUGGGAGGGCAGCCGUUUGGUUGUCCCGUCUGUGGGGAAGAAUUCCCCAAACAGGAAAGCUUAGACCGACACAUGCCGCUACACUUCAUAUAG